AUGAUUAUUCAAAUAUUUUUUAUCCAACUUCUAUUUUUCACCGAAAUUUUCGCGAUUCCCCCAAGUUUCUCAAAUUUCGAUGCAAAACCUCUGAGAGCAGCUAUGGAGAACUAUAAAAAACGUGAGUCUGAAAAUUGUGUCUUUUGAAAAUCUGAAAAUUUCAGCACUUCCAACCACUACUACCAGAAAACCUGGAACACCUGGAAAUCCCCUGAAAAUUUUCAGUGACCAUGAAAUUCGUCAAAAAAUGGAUAAUGCGAUGAGAAUUCAUAGGAUGAAUAAAAUUACCGGUGGAGCACUUUGA